AUGCGUUGGCUGAAAUAUUUUUUUCCUCUAACAAACCUCUUGCCAUAUUUAGGUCCGGGGGCGGCUGAGACUGAUUCAUUGCUAAAUCUUCUAGUGUCUUCAGCAAAUCAAAUUUUAUUCCUUCGAGCACACUCUUGUAAGACACCCUCAAUUCCUUUAAGGAGCCUUCACAGUUAUACAAAGGAUGGAGUUGCGGAUUUUGUAUGAUAA